ACUAUCUCUCUCUCUACCCGUCGACUUCACAUGGCUUCCACCGCCGCAACUGCAGCUCUUUCGAUCAUCAAAUCCACCGGUGGCGCCGCCGUUACCCGCUCCUCCCGCGCCUCUUUCUUACCCAUUACCUCCACCGCUGUCUCCGCACGUCGCCUCGGCUUCUCCGCUGUCGUUGACUCGCGUUUCUCCGUCCACGUGGCUUCCAAGGUCCAGUCCGUGCGCGGAAAGGGCACCAGGGGAGUGAUUACGAUGGCGAAGAAGAGUGUUGGAGAUCUGACUUCUGCGGAUUUGAAGGGGAAGAAGGUGUUUGUUAGAGCUGAUCUCAAUGUACCUCUCGAUGACAACCAGAAUAUCACUGACGACACUAGAAUCAGAGCCGCCAUUCCCACCAUUAAGUUUUUGAUUGAGAAUGGUGCUAAGGUCAUCCUCUCCACUCAUCUGGGAAGGCCAAAGGGUGUCACUCCAAAGUUUAGCUUGACUCCUCUUGUUCCCAGAUUGUCAGAACUCCUUGGUAUUGAGGUCGUGAAAGCUGAUGAUUGUAUUGGUCCAGAAGUGGAAAGCUUGGUGGCUUCCCUUCCUGAAGGAGGAGUUUUGCUUCUUGAGAACGUGAGGUUUUACAAGGAGGAAGAGAAGAACGAACCUGAGUUUGCUAAGAAGCUUGCUUCUCUAGCUGACCUUUAUGUCAAUGAUGCUUUCGGGACUGCUCAUAGAGCCCAUGCUUCAACAGAGGGAGUCACUAAGUUCUUGAAGCCAUCAGUUGCUGGUUUCCUUUUGCAAAAGGAGUUGGACUACCUUGUGGGUGCGGUUUCAAACCCAAAGAGACCAUUUGCUGCCAUUGUGGGAGGUUCCAAGGUCUCAUCUAAGAUUGGAGUUAUCGAAUCUCUUCUUGAGAAAUGUGACAUUCUUCUGCUUGGUGGUGGAAUGAUCUUUACAUUCUACAAGGCGCAAGGUCUUUCUGUUGGCUCUUCCCUUGUUGAAGAAGACAAGCUUGAAUUGGCUACAUCACUCCUUGCCAAGGCUAAGGCCAGAGGAGUCUCUCUGUUGUUACCAACAGAUGUUGUGAUUGCUGACAAGUUUGCUCCUGAUGCCAACAGCAAGAUUGUGCCAGCUUCAGCCAUUCCUGAUGGGUGGAUGGGAUUGGACAUCGGUCCAGACUCGGUGAAAACUUUCAACGAAGCUCUGGAUACCACACAGACAGUCAUUUGGAAUGGACCAAUGGGAGUAUUCGAGUUUGAAAAGUUUGCACAAGGAACUGAGGCGGUAGCGAAUAAACUAGCAGAGCUAAGCAAAAAGGGAGUGACAACGAUAAUAGGAGGAGGAGACUCGGUGGCAGCAGUGGAGAAAGUGGGAGUAGCAGGAGUCAUGAGUCACAUCUCCACAGGUGGUGGAGCCAGUUUGGAGCUCUUGGAAGGCAAAGUGCUUCCCGUUCCUUCUCCUUCUCCUUCCUCUCCUGUCAAGCUCGCUUUAGCCAUGGCUAUGGCGGCGUCUAUUAUCCAAUCUUCUCCGCUCUCGUUCAAUAGUAACAACGGAAAGCUGCAAAUUCAUAGUUCAGGAUCGCUCGGCGGAAUCAAAUUGCAAAAUAGAGUAUCUCCAUUGGGAUUGAGCUCAGGCCUUGGAAGUAGAAGGCAAUCUCUUUUGAUAUGUCACUCAGCCAUUAACGCAAAAUGCAGUGAAGGACAAACACAGACCGUUACUCGGGAGUCACCGACAAUAACACAGGCUCCUGUCCACUCUAAGGAGAAAUCACCAAGCCUAGACGAUGGAGGAGACGGGUUCCCACCGCGAGAUGAUGGAGAUGGAGGUGGUGGAGGAGGUGGUGGAGGCAACUGGUCAGGUGGGUUCUUCUUCUUUGGUUUUCUGGCCUUCUUGGGUCUAUUGAAGGAUAAAGAGGGCGAGGAAGAUUACCGAGGGAGCAGAAGGCGAUAGAAAAUAUGGGUCAUGGGAUUAGUUUUGGUUGAGAAUCACAUUUGGUUAAUCUUAUUACAGCUACAGGUCUCAUUUUGUGUCUGUUUCGUUGAGUGAGGGAUGACUACAUAUGAUAUGCGUUGUAUUCAAGAGAAGAGACUGUUGUUUUCAACAAAGCUGUUACUUAUAUAACUCUUGAAAUCUGGAGAAAAUAAAACACAGGAAAACUAUUCUUGUUAAGAAAAAUAGUUUUCCUGU